AUUUUGUCGAUACGGCUUUCGCAUUUGUGGCUUUUCCGUAGGACUAUAUACUCCAAACGUGUCUGGUAGAUACGCGUGCGUUCAGCAUCCAUUAGUGUUGUUUUACCGUAAAACUACAGCCUAAGAAACUACUCUUCAUCAUGGCCGAGACCACGAAAGACCUGGGUUUUACCAAGGAGGAAGAACUGCUGCUGCAGGAUUUCAGCCGAAAUGUGAGCACCAAAUCGAACGUAAUGUUCCAUGGCAAUGCGUUCAUCGUAUCGGUUGUUCCCAUUUGGUUAUUCUGGAGAGUGCAUCAAAUGGACCUGCUGCCGUCCGUGGUGUUCUUCGUGAUUGUUACGGGACUGUGCACGUACCUGCUGGCCAUGGCUUAUCGCAACACCAAGUUCACGAUGAAGCACAAGAUCGCUAUCAAGCGUGAGGAUGCGGUAACGCGUGAGAUGACCGCCCAGCUGUCCGAGGACAAGAAGAUGAGCCGCAAGGAGAAGGACGAGCGUGUGCUGUGGAAGAAGAUCGAUGUGGCCGAAUACGAGGCUACUACGUUCUCCAUCUUUUACAAUAACGCUCUCUUCCUGGCUAUCGUCAUCUUCGCCAGCUUCUACCUGCUGCGAUCGUUCACUCCGACCGUCAACUAUAUCUUUUCGAUGGUCAGCGCCGGAGGACUGCUCGCCCUGCUGUCCACGGGAAAAUCUACGUAAACACCAACGCACAAUAGUUGGGGCGAAACCGUGUUCUUGAACCAGCUAAGCUAACGAGAUGGUUCGAUCGAAUUUUUGCUAUCGAACAGGCGCUUAACUACUCCAGUUUCCCCCCUCUUCAAGCAGUAAGACUUACUAAUAAUUUAAACUGCAGGUGUGCCCAAUAGGUGCAUGCUUCGUUUCCACUGUUACGAACUGAGACAUUCAUUCACUCUGUACGCCGAAUCGUUCCCGUUCGGCCGAACAACAAUCAU